AUGGCAGGAAAAGACUUCUAUUCCCUGCUUGACAAGAAAAUAACAUGUAGCAUGCGUUUCUUUGUUUCUGUCUCUUUCUUCUCCCAUUUUGUUGCCUUGUACCUUCUUUCCGACUUUCUUCUCUCUCCUUUUGCUCAAUCUCUGCUUCCCCCAUUUCCUCGUUCUCCCUGCUUCCCCCUUUUCCUUGUUCUCUCUGCUUCCCCCUUUUCCUCGUUCUCUCUGCUUCCCCCUUUUCCUCGUUCUCUCUGCUUCCCUCUUUUCCUCGUUCUCUCUGCUACCCCCUUUUCCUCGUUUUCUGCUACCCCUUUUCCUAAAUUCUCUCUGCUACCCCCUUUUCCUCGUUCUCUCUGCUACCCCCUUUCCCUCGUUCUCUCUAUUUUUUCCUCGUUCUCUCUAUUUCCCCUUUUCCUCGUUCUCUCUACCCCCCUUUUCCUCGUUCUCUCUAUUUCCCCCCCUCGUUCUUUCUACCCCCUUUUCCCUCGUUCUCUCUGCUACCCCCUUUUCCCCUCUUUCUUUUCCUCGUUCUCUCUACUACCCCCCCGUUCUCUCUGUUUUUCCCCUUUUCUCGUUCUUCUUUUCUCGUUCUCUCUGCUACCCCUUUUUCGUUUUCCCCCCGUUCUCUCUUUCCUCGUUCUCCCUGCUACCCCCCUUUUCCUCGUUUCCUCUUUUUCCUCGUUCUCUCUGCUACCCCUUUUCCUCGUUCUCUCUCUUCCCCUCUUUUUUCUCUCUUUUUCCCCCUUUUCCUCGUUCUCUCUGUUUCCCCCUUUUCCGUUCUCUCUUUUCCCCUCGUUCUCUCUGCUACCCCCCUUCUCUUUUCCCCUCUUUUCGUUCUCCCUGCUACCCCCUUUUCCUCGUUCUCUCUCUGUUUCCCCCUUUUCCUCGUUCUCUCUGCUACCCCCCCGUUCUCUCUUUCCCCUCUUUUCUCGUUCUCCCCUACCCCUUUUCUCGUUCUCUCUGUUUCCCCCCUCGUUCUCUCUGCUUCCUCUCUCCUCGUUCUCCCCCUUUUUCCUCGUUCUCCCCUACCCCCUUUUCCUCGUUCUCUCUACUACCCCCUUUUUCCUCGUUCUCUCUAUUUCCCCCUUUUUCUCGUUCUCUCUACCCCUUUUCCUGGAUUCUCUCUGCGCAUUCUCUCACCCCCCUUUUCCUCGUUCUCCCUGCUACCCCCUUUUCCUCGUUCUCUCUGUUUCCCCUCUUUUCCGCAUUCUCUCUGCUUCCCCCUUUUCUCCAUUUUCUUUUUGUUUCUCUUCCACUCUCUUUCUUCUUGCUUCCUCUUUGUUCCACUUGUCACUCUCUCUAAGCUUCCUCUUUGUUCCUCUCUUUGGUCUCUUUGCUUCCCCUUUGUUUUUCCUACACUCUCUUUGCUUCCUCUUCCUCAUUAUAUCUCUCUGCUUUCCCCUUUUCUGCUACUCACUCUCUCUACUUUCCCCUUUUCUGCUACUCACUCUCUCUACUUUCCCCUUUUUUGUUACUCACUCUCUCUACUUUCUCCUUUUCCACUGCUCACUAUCUCUGUACCCCUUCUUUUCCAUCUAUUCUCACUCUCUUUACACUUCCUUUGCUUUUCAUUUUAUUUCUUGCCUUGCUCCUUUGCAACCUUUCUUUUUUGCCCUACUUUUUCUGUCUCCCUCCUUCUCACAUUCUUAUCAUUAUACUCUUUAUUUUAGUCUCUCUCUCUCUCUCUCUUUUUGUUUGUCUCUUAUUUUCCUUUACUCUCUUAUGAUUUACGUUUUUAACCUCAUCGCUGUAGCUUUUCAUUUAUUUUUUCACUUGCAUGUUUUUCUCCUGCCAUUCGUAAAAUAUUACUUGACAUCAAAAUCAUACCUGCUUGGAAAAUCCUUCAAGAAAAAAAAAAGAAGAAAGUUGGUUCCUCUCUUUUGA